AAAACAUCCAAAAACAUUAAUCGUGCGAGACUCGACGGGCAGACAACCAAAAAUCAUCGUCGCUUCGAGUAUUUAUCGCGAAAAAAAAAUAAGUGCUAAUCGUUAUCUUCGCCGUGUGUUCGUGUGAUCGCAAAAAAACUUCUUGACCUUUGCCAUUGAUACUACCAUCGUGUGGCGGAAGUAGCCCCCCAGAAGCGCAGUAGUUCACAAUGUUGACCGCCAUCAAGGAUUUCUUCUACCGCCACCGGAGGAAGUUCAUUACGACGGGAUUGGUGUUGGGAAGUGGCCUGUUCCUGAUCAAGAUCAUCCAGUACAAGUUGCGCGAAUUCCAGGAACGGCAGGCUAAGGAGAUUGCCGAGCGAUUCAAGCGGAUGCAGCACUUCGAGUCGACGGAGCGAACGUGUAAUCAGACCAUAGUGGGAUUGUCCCCGACGGUGUCGGAGAAGGCACUGAAGGACCUGAGCACAUCGGAGGUUUUGGAGAAGCUGCGGGCCAAUCCGGACAACAAGUUGGAUUUGUGGGAGGAGCUGAAGGUGUUGGCUUUCAGCCGGAUUGUGACGCUGGUUUAUGCCUCGUCGAUGCUGGCAGUGACGUUGAAGACCCAGAUCAAUCUGCUGGGAGGAUAUCUGUACAAGGACACUGUCGGACAAGACGACAAGCAGAUCACGCUGGAUAUUCAGACGACGUACCUUUCGAUGAUCCAGUAUUUCAUGGGCGAAGGACUGGACCGGUUGAUGGAGGUUGUCCGGAGGAACGUGACGGUGGUCAUGCAGCGGUACAAUCUGAAGCAGCAGCUCACACUGGCGGAUGCCGAGACCUUGUUCUGGUCUAUUCAGAUGUCGUUGAAUAACGACGAGCAAAGUCUCACGAAGAAUAUCGCCAGAUACACCUUGCCGCAGGAAGUGAACCGAAGCGACAUCCUCAGCCGAAUGUACGACGAAACGUUGGACGUGCUGGAAAGUGCCGAAGUGGUGGACGUUUGCCUAUCGAACGUGACCAAUGGAUUCUCGCUGAUCGUCGACAAACUGGCCGAGUACUACGCGGAAGCGGAGCCGAUUCCUCCUCCGUCCACGUCCAAGUCCUCGCUGAAUGUGGACGCCCUGUCCAACAUCAACCAGAUCAAAAUUUCCCUCGCCAAGCUGAUCCCGAUCGUGAAUGGGCUGACGUCGAAAACGCUCGGAGACUUGCUCGGAAGUGGCGCGUCGUCAUCCAACGGGUCCAACGGCCUCAAUGGGCUGGAACUACUCCGAGGCAGCGAUAUGAUGUCCUCGCUGGUGUCGCGAUUUAUGCAGUCGGAAAAGUUGAAAACGCUCGGCGUCAAUGUGUACGAAACAUUCUGCCAGUAGAUGGCUUUGGUGUACCUGGGUCUGGGUUGCAUUUCUAGCAUUGCGGAUCUUUGGGGAAAUUUCUGAACGAUACGGUGCACUGUAUCGUUCUACCGCAGCUGUUUUCUUUCGGGUUACUUGAAAAUCAUUCUAUCAUAAGAAGCAAAGGAUGGCAAUAUAGUAGGGAUACGACAGCUGCGGUAGUGAUCCGUAAGAUGAAGAAUGGGAAUUUCCCCUGAAGAUGCAAUAAGAUUGAUGGAUAACAUUCGAGAAGUAGAAAUUUAAGGCUAUACACAUAUUCUACAAGUUUAGAAUUUAGAUGGAGAUAAUUCAGGUUUAGGUGGAAAGACUUUCAAUAGUGUUUAAGAGUGUGGUUUAAGAAGGCUUGGAUUAUAAGCACUGAAAAGCUAAGGGCUGGAUAAGGAAAUCGAGAAUAGACGAAACACUGUGUAUUAAUACGUAGUUCAAACUCUUACAAUAAACUCUUCGGCUUUUGUUUUGAA